AUGACUGUGAACCACCAAAAUAAAUUUCCAAUCACAUUUUCUGUUAUCUCUUUUUAUACCAACAUGGCGGAUGUCUUCGCUGAGUGUGAGUCGCCCUUAAGAGUGAAAGAAAUGGAAAAAAAGCGAAGGAAACCACGUGUGUGGGGUGUAAAAGUAACAACAAUAUUUUAUACUUUUCUCAUCGCUUCUUUUGUAGUGAAUGGUCUUUCGCGCCAGGAGUCCUUACCAGACAUCAGAAAGCCGAUUGGAUUUUACGGUACUAUUAUUCUGGCAGCUAUUUGCGUGAUCUGCUUAGUAGUUCUAGCGAUUGAUAUGUUCGACAGUUCAAGUGCAACAUACAGAUCAUCAUCAUCCGAUAUUUCUCUCAAUUUGACUCCUGAACCAAUUCACGAAAAUCAAUUGCCUUUGAAACCACCGAGAAGAAAGUAUGUGAAAAAUUCCUCAUCUGGAGAAUUACCAAAUGGAAGCGGGAUUUGUGGAGAUUUUGAACUAUCCCCUCUUGUUUGAUGCUAGUACUAAAAAUAUUAGGUUCUGAAUGUAUGCUACAGAGCUUGAGUUAUUGUUUUGGGAGGGAAAAAAAUCCUUUUUUAAGCGCUUAAUACUGCUGACUUUCGUGUACCUAGUCAUAUUUUUCAAUGUUUAUGAAGUUCUUAAAAAGGAAUUAUCUUAAUAAAAUUUAUGGAUCUUUUUA